AUGUGGAGCCAGAAAACGUCACGCGACACAGCCGCGAAUGUCUUUUUCGCGGCCCAAAUGACAGCCAACUGGGGCAUCAUGGUACUCGUGGAUGAUGCGAGCACGGAGAUCUAA